AUGGCUGUCGACGGGUCGGCUUCAAAGACGAUGGUGGAUGUGGUCUCUGAGCCUGUCGUCGAAGAGAAAUCUACUCCUUCUGAGAGAUCUUCUGACAGUGACUCUGAUGAUGGAAAGACAUCACCCCCUCUGCUUGCCAAGCUUUGCGCGGUCCUUUUGAUUUCGUGUAUUAGCUUUGGCUCGCACUGGAGUUCCGGAGUCACAGGUGCUAUGAAGAGCACGAUCAAAAAACAAAUGCACAUCGACAAUGUUCAGUUUUCACUUCUAGAAGCAAGCGAGAAUUUUAUGGCCACCGUGCUGCUUCUGGCCAGUGGUAUAGUUACCGACCGGAUCGGCGGAGCUGAAAUGAUUGUCUACGGAAACUUCGUGUACACCAUCGGAUCAAUCCUCGUCGCGGCUGCCACAACUGUGCGCUCGUUUAACUUCAUGAUCGGAGGGCGGAUCGUCCUUGCUCUGGGUGACAUCGCCACACAAGUCGCUCAAUACAAGAUGUUUUCGUCCUGGUUCUCUCCUAGUAAUGGGUUUGCUUCUACGCUCGCCUUUGAGCUUGCAAUUGGUAAGAUCGGUGGAUUUGUUGGAAAGUCGACAGCCAAUAUCAUUGCGAAGAAAACCGGUAAUUUCGCAUGGGUAUUUUGGACGUCAGUUUUCAUGAACUUAUUCACCAACUUAGCCAGUGCGCUCUUCUGGUUCUUCAACAAGUACUGCAACCGCAGAUACAAGGGGCGGUAUGACGCAGCGACCAAAGAGCAGCUCACAGAGAAGAACAAAAAGUUCGAAUUCCGGAAGAUGUUCGAGCUACCCUGGAUGUUUUGGUCCAUCAUGGCGUUCUCUGUGUUUCAGACAAGUGCGGCCACCGUCUUUAGCCAGAAUGCCACCGAGUUGGCCGAGAAGCGGUUCAAUGUUGAUUCCAUCAAGGCGGGGUGGUAUAGCUCCCUGUCACAAUAUGCAGGGUUCUUCCUCGUUCCUUGUGUGGGUGUUUUUAUUGAUGUGCUCGGCAACCGAGCAUCUGUCUUGUUCACUUGCGGCCUUGGUAUGAUGCUGAGUAUGGUGCUCAUCAACUUCGCAACAUCCGAAGCAGGUACGGGAGCAUCGUUCGGCAUCUAUGCCAUUGCCCUGUCCUUUGGACCUACCUCCGUCAUUGAUAGUAUUCGCACCACGCUCUGGCACCAAUCCGUCUUUGGGUCUGCAUAUGCAUUGAAGGUCACCAUGAACAACGCCAUGAGCAUCAUUAUUCGCAUCAUCACCGGAGCUCUACAGGAUGCAGAUGAUGAUUCAUACCACCGAGUCGUGCAAGUAUACCUUGUUCUUGCUGCUGGAUCCUUGGUGGUUGGAUCGGCUAUUCUAAUCGGUUCCUUCACAACCGACAACCUGGCACCCCUUCAGUGGACUCGGCAAAAGCGAUUGACUUCGGGGGCAGCCAUUAUUGAAAGGAUUCGAGAGCGCAGCUUGAUGACGGAGCGUCACCGCACUCGCAAUAUCUCCCUUGUCAGCUUUGGAGCACUAGCGCUGUUGGUACUCGGAUCGUGGGCGGCAUAUAUUUGGGGCGCAAUUACAGGCAAUAACUCGUAG